AUGCUUCGUCGCCUGAUUCUCCGGCGAGCCGCCGUCUCCGCCGCGGAAUCGAAGAUGGGUCGUGCUAUGCUUCAAGGACUCGAUCAACGAAGAGGAAUACACAACAGGAACAAGAAGGCAAUGGAGUACGUAGCUAAAGGAUGGAGCGCGAUUAAGGAAGUGGACAGAGUUAUCGAUUACUGUGAACUCAAUGAUCGACGUCUCAUCCCUCUCCUCAGGGGAGCUAAAGAGAACUUUGAACUUGCUCUCGAGGCUGAUAAUUUGAACACUCAUGCUAGAUAUUGGCUUUCUAAGUUGCACUUGAAGUACCAUGUUCCUGGAGCCUGUAAAGCUGUCGGAGCUGCUUUGCUUGUUGAAGCUGCAGACAUGGGUAAUGCAGAUGCUCAAUAUGAGCUAGGGUGUCGUUUAAGAGUCGAGAAUGAUCAUGUCCAGUCAGAUCAACAAGCCUUUCACUAUAUAGAGAAUGCUGUUGAUCAGCUGCAUCCUGGUGCCCUCUACCUUUUAGGAAUAGUGUAUCUGACAGGAGACUGUAUGAAGCAAGAUAUGGAUUCAGCUAUAUGGUGUUUCCACAGGGCUUCAGAGAAGGGACAUGCCGGUGCUGCUAUAGCGUACGGAUCUCUUUUACUUAGAGGUGCAAAAGUCCCAGAAUCUCUAACAAGAUUGAAUACGGUGGUAGUUUCGCCACCCAAAAGAAAGAACCUAGAAAACCUGGAGAUAAAUCCAUUAGAGAUGGCGAAAGAGCAGUUCCAAAUCGCUGCAAGAGCAGGGUGCGAUCUAGGGCUGAAAUGGCUACAAAGGGUGGAGCAGGAAGAGAAACUUCUUAUGAGUGAAGAAGAUAACGAAUGUGCCUAUGUAUGA